AUGUUCGACUAUGAGAGAAGACAGGACACGACUUCAUCUUCAGACCUGCCAGCCCCAACGUUGGCGACGACCGAGGAACACACCGCGUCGGUAGCUACUGUCAGUUUGUCUAGUAGUACUCUUACCAUCCUUCCGACAACGUCGAGGACCACGGUAUCACCAAACCCCACGAGUCAUGCCAACUCAACGUUAUUCAAUGUGCCUCCACUCCCUGAGGGCCAACUGCCCCUUGAGCCUGAAAUCACACCAGGAUGGGGCAUUGCCGGCACCCUCCUCAUCCUAACCGGCGUUCCCUACACCCUCAUCGGCAUUCGGGCCAAACGGGUCCAGACCUUCUUCAGCGCUGCCUUCACGGGCGCCCUUGGAACCACAGUCCUGAUUCUGUAUCUCAUGACCCUGCCCGUUACUCCCGCCGUUCAAGGGGCUUUUGUUGUCGCGGCCCUCUGCGCCGGCGCAGCGCUAGGUGGCGUGGCGGUUCUUUUCCGGGACCUCACGGAGGGUCUGGGAUGUCUGCUCGGCGGGUUAUGCUUUAGCAUGUGGUUGCUGGCCCUCCAGCCGGGCGGACUGAUACGAAACAGCACCGGCAAAGCAGUGUUUAUUGCCGCGUUCAGUCUGCUGAGCUGCUGUCUGUACAUUAGUCACUGGACGCGGCGGUAUGGCCUUGUGUGUGGCAUCGCUUUGUCGGGGGCUACGGCCACAGUCCUGGGCAUCGACUGCUUUAGCCGCGCGGGACUAAAAGAAUUCUGGGCAUAUAUCUGGGCGCUGAACGAGGAGUUGUUCCCAGAUGGCGCGGUGACGUACCCGCUCACGCGGGGAAUACGCGUGGAGCUUGCUGUGGCCAUUUUGCUGUUUGCGGUUGGUGUCAUAUCUCAGCUUCGGGUGUGGCGGAUGAUUCGAGCGCGACGGGACGAGGAGGAUGGGAAGAAGGAAGAAGGCAGGUUGAGCGAUGAGGAGGCCGUCCUUCCGUCUCCGUUGGAAGAGGAGGAGAGGAUCGGACGGCGGGUGGAAGCAACCGUGGGCUGCGAGCGCAUCGAGUGGGAGCGUCGGUAUGGGAAUGGCGGUGGGGGUACCCAGGAUGAACCGACUAGUCGUGAUGUUGGGGGUGCACAAGAUCAGGACGACGACAAACGUGGGGGUAGCAGCGAACACAUGUCGGUGACGGAGGUGACGGAGGUGAUGGAGGUUCAGGGGCUAGCUGAACUCCCCGGUGGACAUGAGCUCCGAGACCCGGCCGGGAAGAUAUCACGCAAGGAGAUGGCGAUGGGACAUGGGCUGGAUGACGAUGAUGAAAGCUUGCCCGUCCGGGUUGUUAUUGAGGACGAGCAAGACACAGCUGAAUGUGCGCCACGGGAGAGUCAGAGUACGCAGACGCUCCUGGCGACGACGACAGCAAACGUGAGCUCAUGCUGUGAUGAUACACCGGCUCCAUACACUGUUCCAACGCCAUUCACCGUCCGCCGCACCCCGAGGCCAAGAGAUGAGGAAGAUGGGUCUUCCGUGGCAGCGGUUGUCGGCGAGGAGGAUCGACCGGAGGUGUCGGUCCGGGAUUCUGAGUCUCAUGGCUCUUGGGCCUCGGUACCCGUUUCCCAACUUGCAAGGUGCUCAAUGGACAGUGUCAUAAAUCUGGGUGCAUUCUCAGCAACAACCAGCGAAUGGGGGAAUGGACCGCCAAUAGUGCCGAGCCCGGCCCGAAACAACAGCACCGAGAGCGGCUCUGUCGUGGCUCAUCUCGACGACGACGAGAUCGACGACGGCAAAAGCAUGGGCGACACCGCUGCGUCUGAAACGUCGCAGCGAGCUAGCAGAGGAAAAAGCACGGGGCGAUUUCUGAUUAGCGGUGAAAAGGGGAGAACCCAAGAAGAGACAGUGUGCAAUGUUUCGUUGCUGGAUUCAGCCGACGAGCUGCCAGGCAGCAAAAUAGAAUUGCCUGAUCCGGUCGACAACAGCCAAGAGGUUAUUCCCAAGACGGAGGAGGCUUCGGAAACGGGAAGCUCAGGACCAGCCGUUGGCGAGCCAGUGGUAGGGGGGUGGGUCAGGGUCCAAGACAUUCGCCAGGAAGGGACCGAGCCGCGAGACAUUGGAUCCCGGGGUGCCGGUGCCGGGACUCGACUCAUGCGAGAGGAUCUCGACAAUCUUGAGAUCUGCGAGCGUUGUGAGGAGGAUCCUGGGGACCGUGCGGACCGUGAGGAUCUUGAGGAUCCUGAGGAUCCCAUGUUACUACACGUAGUAAAGGAUCGGAGGGGUCCCACGAGGAGCGGUGAAGCAUCGACCACCACAACCACCAACGCAUACCCCCGGCUGACGCAGGGAAGCCUUCCGGCGGGCCUGUCGGAUGUUGCGGUGACUUACCGCACGAACGAGUGGGCAAAGCAUCUCAGUUCGGCUGAGACCCCGGACCCGGGUGAUCUGGAUCGACGGCAGGGUUUCGUCGACGGGGGGAUGCUUAUUUCCGAAAGGGCGGACGACGGCGACGAGGGUGACAGGGAGCAGGCCGUGCCGUUGGAUAUGAGGGACCUGCAGCGGACGGCCGCGGUCGAGGACGACGGACUCGCUUCCGCCACUGCUAUCACCAUGGCGUCCGGCUCACCACCAUACGUCAGCCCCGAGCUGCCUUCCGAGCUGCCCUGCGAGCUGCCCGCCGACGUGCCCUUACAGCGGAGCCCAGAAGGCCCGCCGCCAAAGCCGAGGGUGCCGUCUCGCUAUCGCGCUUCGCCUAGCCUGAUGAGGAGGCAGAGCACCCCUCUCCAUGCCGAGGUGAUCCCGGAAGAGGGCAGCCAGUUGAGGAGUGCGUCCCGGAUGACACUGCAGCCGCAACAUCAACAUCAGCAACAGCGGCGACGGGGUUCUGCUCAGCCCGCACUCGGCCGUAGCAACACCCACGGCCACGGCCACCCGUACCGGCACUUCGCACCCUCCAUGUCCACACGCUCCAUCUCCGACCCCAUCCGCCCUUCAUCCUCCGCCUCAACGAUUCAGGCCCCAAAGCAGCAGCCGCAGACCCUCAUCGGCAUGCGCGAGAAGAUCCUCCGCCACCGCGCCUCGGGCCUGAUGGCCCCGCCCAGCCAGAAACUCCGCACCGACACCAACGACGCCUUUCAGGAGUCCCUCGACACCCUAGACCUCGACGGUGCCUACGACGCGGAGAGCAUCUACGAAGCCCCGCCACCCCGGUUCCACCCCGUUUGCUUCUCCCCUUCCCCCGGCGCGAUGUCCCGGCCCGUCUCUGCCGACAUAGGCCCGGGCAUGGGCAUGGGCAUGGGAAUGGACCCAGACGACAUGCCGCUCUCCCACCGCCGUAGCAUGCUCUUCCAGAGCCAGACCCGGCUGCCAGCGCAAGCGCCCACAAGACCGACAGCCCUGGCCGAAUCCGCCGCCUUCAACUCACACCAGCCGCCGCGGCGUGACAGCGCCAACUACCUGCCCUCCGAGACCGUGCGCCAGGGCCGGCUAGCUCGCUUCCGGAACGAUGUCGCCGUCGACUUGCAUGGACCAACCAACCUAGGGAUGGGUGGUGCCGUUGGGAUGGCCACUCCGGGACUCCUACGCAGGAUGCCAGCCCCAGGUGCUGGCGGUAUGAGCCACACCAUGGCCAUGAACAACAUAACCAACAACGCCAUGAACCCAGAACUGAUGAAGAUGGCCGCAGCCGCCGCAACGGCGACAGCUGCAGCAGCGGCAGCACCACCCGCACCGCCCGCACAACCGCCCGCGCCCAGCGCGGCCGCCAUCGCUGCUGCGCAACGCCGUGAGGCGGAGAUUGCAAAGCGCGAGGCGGAGGCUACGAUGCGCUUGCGUGCGCAGUGGGCGCUGGAGGAGCAUAUGCGGGGGAGCGGGGUUAUGGCGGAUGUGCAUCGCGAGGCGAUGAGAAGGAUGCAGGGGGGUGUGGCUGUAUAG